AUGCAGAACAUAUUGGAGCAAGAGCUUGAUAAAAUUGAUGAGUUACCCAAGCAAGGUCUCAAGUGGGUGGAGUACAGCGCCUAUGCAUUAGGGCUUAAUAUAGCGCCAAGGAAACGCGGUUCUGGACCUUGCAGAUUCUUACGGAUUUUCACAUGGAUUGUCAACAUGAACAUUAUAUAUAGCCUCAUUAAGUUCAUUAUUGUAAAUUUUGUGGUAUCUUUUGAGGCAUAUGUAGAGGCAGUGCUGCUUACCUUUCAGCUGUCCGUUGGUCUAGUGAAGAUGAUGAUGUUCUUCAAUAACUUGGAGUCUUGUGUAGAUCUAGUGCGGAUAACAGAGACUGGAUCUGUAUUGAAGGAUCUGGGCCUAUUUGAUUUGAUCUUACCCAACAAGCGCAAAUUAUGUACAGACUUGAAGAAAAUACUGUACGACAAUUGGCAGGAAAUUGAUCGUCAGGUGAUGUUCUUCUAUAAGAUCGUCUGUAUGCCCGUUUUAUAUUAUACGCUGCGCCCCUAUUUUCAAUAUCUAUACGAUUGUUACAUAGUGCGUGAUACUUGUGAGAUGACGUUGACAUAUCCUGCUAUAGUGCCCUAUAUACAAUUAGGCAAUUACCAGCUGCCUUCCUAUUCAGUGCGUUUCUUUUUGCUGCAGUCCGGCCCAUUUUGGUGCUUCUUUGCUGUCUUUGGUUUCAAUAGUCUAUUUGUGGUGCUAACGCGGCAUGUAGCAUGUUUGAUAAAGAUUCUGCGUUAUUUAGUUAAACACUCCACUGACAAUGACACAGUUCGAAGCUCCUCUAGAGUUCUUUAUUUACGCUGUUGUGUUCGCCUCUUUUCACGUAUUUCAAGACAUCAUGCUCAAAUUGAGAAUCUAUUCAAGUACAUAAUUCUAGUACAAUGCACCAUAAGCAGCAUCUUAAUAUGCAUGCUGCUGUAUAAGAUAAGCACAGUGUUGGAAGUAAGCAUGGUCUGGAUGGGCAUGAUAAUGGUUUAUUUACUAACCAUAACUUUGGAAAUUAGUUUGUACAAUGUAAAUGCACAAAAAGUGGAAACCCAAAGCGAAUUACUUUUUGAAGAGUGGUACAACUGCGCUUGGUAUAAUGAAACUGAGGAAUUUAAGUUCAUGAUCAAGCUCAUGUUGUUGUUUUCGAAGCGUACUUUUAUCUUGAGCGUUGGUGGCUUUACAAAUUUAUCACAUAAGUUUCUAGUGCAGGUGUUUCGCAUGAGUGGAAAUUUCUUUUUGCUGCUGCAAAAUAUGAAUAACAAAUAA